AUGGACAACAAGCCCAAGACAUUGUUGAAGUGCUUGACAGAGCAUAUGGCCCCCAAGUAUGGAUUUCGAGCUCCCGCGGUGAAUAGCACCGUCAUCAUGCUCUUUUCUAAGACGGAUGCUUAUGAGUACGUCUACGGAGAGGAUAUGCAAGCGGAGGCUAAGAGGAUGCACUCCAUCCAAUCCAAUUCUUCACUGAAGCACAGCGUGCUGGAGUUCAGUGAAGAAGACUGGUCCGACUCGUUUCAACGCGUGGCGGCGGCUUUUCUGACUUCCCCAGUGGCGGAAAACUCAAACCGCGGCGAAAUGCGUGGGCGUAAUCCCUUUUUCGACUUUUUCCAAGAUCACGGUGCGACCUUUUGGACCAUUGAAAAUGGUAGUGUCGCGACACCCAUGCAGCUGGAUGUGGUCUACACAUAUGUGAAUCCCGAUGCUCCAUCCUUUAAGCGGCAUUUGGCUAUGCGCGACGUCCCUUACACACCCGAGCGGUAUAACGAUUGGCAGGAGCUUCGGUACUCCUUCAGGGCAUUGUUGGAAUACGCCCUGCACAGCACUUCCUUGCAGCAGCAUGGCAACCUCUUUAAGGAUCAGCAGGAGGAGGACCGGGAGACGCUGGAGGCACUGGGAUAUCGAGUCCAGAUGCGUGAUGGUGAGGAUAGGCUCCAGCGUAGCCCUCUGAUUCGUCGCGUGUAUUUGGUGCUUUCCGACCGCGACCAGGUGCCGGCGUGGCUGAAUGUUGAGGCGUUCCCUAUGCUUCGGAUUAUCACACACGCGGAGCUAUUUCCUGACCCCAAGAAAGAGCCGGGAAUCCUGCCGACCUUGAACUCCAAUGCCAUUGAAUCUGGGUUACAUCGGAUCCCUAGCCUCUCGCGGUUCUUUCUCUACGUGAAUAACGACUACAUGUUCAGUCGGCAGCUUUCGUUCUUCGAUCUAUUCCGCCCACUCUCCCCACCACGGCAGCAGCUGUGCACCCUGCAUCACUUUUUUCAAGGAGCGUUCGUGAGUAGCGACCUCGAUCAGCAGCAGCAAGGGCCGGCGCGGUCCCAUCUACGUCGUCGCUUUGCCCACCUAGAGCCUCUGAUUCAUAGUGAUCAAUCUAAUUGGUUUUGGAGAGAUUCCUUCAAAAAUGAUCCGAAUCGCAUGCUCAAACUGGCGGUUCGGAUGCGUCAGGGGAUUUGUUUAAAUAACCUGCGUAAUCAUUUCAUAAAAUGGUAUACUGGCUUCGACCCGGCGAACAACACCAAAAAUGCGUUCAACGUCAUGAAGGUGAGUAAUAGUUCUGCCUCACCAGAGGCGCUUCUCGAAAUGCUUGGACAGCCUGGAUGGAAUACAUCGUCUGGAUUUAGCCUACCUGAUCCAAAAAUAACCGUUACGGAACGUGGGUGGGGAGUCUCCCCUAAUUAUUAUUUUCACAUCAUGAUGCAGUACUUUGAUGGGAUCGAGCCACCUUAUGCCUUUGCACACGCCCCACAGUUGAUAGAUCGGGAGGUGUUUGCACGCAUGGUGGAAAACGAGCUACACAGCUUGACUCGUGUAACACGGCUUGCAUAUGAACGUGAAAUGUUUCCAUUUUCGCCAGUGGACGCGUACGCUUUUUUUGCGGUUGCUAUGACGCGGUCAGCGACGCGUGAUGCGUGGCUACAGCAAACACGCACAGGCAUGGCUCUGUGUAUGGCGCGCGAUGCAACUAAACGGGAAGGGUGCCCAAAGGCAUGGGGGACGUGGCUACGGCAGAUCCAGCGAAGCCUCGACAUCGCACUGAAGAGCCCUGGUGUUAGUCCUCAUCAGACCGACAUGCCCUCCUUCAGUGACCUUGGUCCCGUAUAUGGCGGCACGCUUGAUGUGCGGCUUCAGGAUCCAAGCCUUUUCGGGGAGCUGGGGUUCUGGUGGCUUCCCAGGAUGCGCCCGCACCACACGGCGCGGGAGGAUAUCAAAUCGUUGCUUAAAAUCUACCCAGUUCCUCACGUAUCAGUCUGUAAGUUUGGUGAACACAAGUGCAAUCCUAAGGGACCCGCUAUGGGAGUGUUCAAGCGUUUGAAUGAUCAGUAUGUCGGCCUCCUCCAAGAUAUGUUUCAUCAUUCUUUAACGAAGCAGACCUACCGUUUCUAUAUGUUGACAAGCUCUAACAAAGCUCUACAGGUUGCUGCGCGGCUAUAUAUCGAGGGUAGAACUCGGAAGCCGCUAUGGAUCGGACUUAAUGAUAACUUUGAGCAUUCGUUGGCAGAAAAGAGUCAUCAGAAUACGUCAUUUCAAAUUGCUAUGGAUCAAGCCACUAGCGGGGCACCCCCCGCGCCUUGGACGAAGUAA